CAUUACUAUAUAAAUCUUAUGCUUCCUUCUCUCUCUCUCUCUAGAUUCAUCCCUGCCAAUUGCAAGAGAGAGAUUUGUCACUGCCAUUGUAGAAGAUGAGACAGAGAUACAUUGGGUGAGUCUUGUGGUGAAGAAAGACAACAAAUCUCAUGGCUUAUUGUCCUCCCACUGCUCAAGGUCGACCCUCAUCUGCUUUCCCCCUCUCUGCCUUCAAUAUUGGUUUCAGUUCAUCCAUCACCACCUGCACUUCCACCUCCUCUCUACUUCCCGGACUCCAUUGCAAUCACAGAACUCAACACAUAGGUGCACGCCUCAAACAAACAGAGUACUGGAACCCAGAUCUCAAAUCACCACUUCAACUAUAAUAAGACUCACUUAAACAGCAGAUACAGAGAAACUGCGAAACAGAAGCUGAGAGGAAGAAAAGAUAUAUAAGAUGGGUUUCUUCACACUCCUUGAGGUGGCAACUAUGCCAGUGUUGCAGGUCCUUCUCAUCAGCAUCCUUGGAGCUUUCAUGUCAACAGAGUACUGGAACCUUUUAAAUGCAGAUGCUCGAAGUUACCUGAACAAGAUUGUUUUCAAUAUCUUCACUCCUUCACUCAUCUUUGCAAGUCUAGCUAACACUGUUACUCUCCAAGAUGUAAUUACAUGGUGGUUCAUGCCCGUCAACAUGGGUUUGAGCUUCUUGGUUGGAGGAAUACUUGGGUGGAUUGUUGUGAAAAUAUUAAAACCAGAGCCAUAUCUUGAAGGCCUCAUCAUUGCAACUUGUUCAGCAGGAAAUGUGGGAAACCUUCUGGUGAUAAUUGUUCCUUCAAUCUGUAAUGAGGAUGGCAGCCCAUUUGGUGACCCUAAUAUUUGCAGCUCUGUUGUACUCUCCUAUGUGUCUUUCUCCAUGGCGCUUGGUGGAUUUUACAUUUGGACUUACACUUUCCAUCUCGUGCAAAAUUCUGCAUCAACAUAUAAAGCAACUCAAGUAGCCGAGGAAUCAUUGUCAAGGAAGCCUAACAACGAUUUUGAUACCAACAGUGAAUCCCACCUUCUCAAGGCAGAUGAUCAAGAUCAGACAUCUAUACAAGUGAUAUCAACAAAGGCCAUUGCUGAGGAUAUGGAAAAGGAACUUGUUUUUGCACAAUCAUCUGGGAAAGCAGGGGAUGAGAUCCCAUUCUGGGGAAAACUAACAGGAUUUCUCCACCAAAUUGUGGAGGAGUUGAUGUCGCCACCAACUGUUGGUGGAAUCAUGGGAUUCAUCUUUGGGUGUGUGCCGUUUCUGAGGAAUCUUAUUAUCGGUAAAACUGCUCCUCUGCGAGUGAUCCAGGACUCGAUCAAAUUACUAGGGGAUGGCACAAUUCCUAGCAUCAUUCUUAUACUUGGGGGUAACCUCAUCAAAGGUCUACGUUCAGCAAAGUUGAAUCCAUUGAUAAUCAUUGGAGUCAUUUUAGUGAGGUACUUGAUACUUCCUCUGAUUGGGAUUGGAUUGGUUAAGGUUGCUGGUGAUCUUGGCUUCCUUUCGCCAGACCCGCUUUACCGAUAUGUCCUGAUGUUACAAUUUUCCCUCCCACCUGCCACAAGUAUAGGUACAAUGACCCAGCUGUUUGAUGUGGGUAAAGAGGAGUGCUCAGUCCUAUUCCUUUGGACAUACUUGGUUGCAGCCUUUGCCCUCACAAUUUGGUCCACCGUCUACAUGUGGGUUCUGUCUUGAAGAGCUUUAGUUCAUGGGUGAGCUAUAAUGCAGUUUCUGAUGGACAAGAGUUGUUGAGAACUCUUCUCAAAUUGAAGCAGUUACUCUGUGGACAGAUAAAUUACAAUCCAUGUUUUUUGUUAUGCAAAUUUGUUUUCAAGUGUUUUUGUCCCUAUUGGAUUGUAGAGGUUUCUCAAAUUCUUAUCCUGAGUUUCUUGAAAGAAUAGCAAGAAUAGAAAAACAACAUACUUUAGGAUACCAAAAUAGCUUUGUCUUAAGAUGUAUAGAGGACAUCAUGAGUUCAAUGGAAAUUCAUAAGAUCAGCCAUAAAAUGGCGGCACA